AUGACACUUUCUGAAGUUGCUAAUUUCGUUGUCCCAAAUGGUCAUGCUUGGAAAGUGGGAUUGAGUAAAGUGCACAAUGACAUUUGGUUUAAUGAUGGUUGGCAUGCCUUUGUAGAACAUCAUUCAAUCUGCAACGGGUACCUUUUAGUCUUUGGAUACAGUGGUUUCUCUAAUUUCAAUAUUAUCAUUUGUGAUGCAACUGCUUGUGAAAUUGAAUAUCCAUGUAAUGAUCGAGGCCCUAUCUGUAGUAAGAAAUGUCUAAUCCCAAAUGAGGCUGAAGCUGAAGAUGAUACCUCAAUUAAUAUCUCCAGUUCUAGAAUUCUAUCCCUAUCUAGUAGUUCUUUGAAAAGCAAAGUUAGUGAUGCAAGUGCAACUCAAGGAGAAUCCAGCAAAAGGCCCCCUGUAUUAGGGAAGAAUCCAGGGAUGAAAAGAAGUAGAGAUGUUGCUUUUGCUGUGAGCCCAAAUUCUAAGUACCAUUACGAGACAAGGGACAAAAAGAUUAAGAUGGAGCAGUUGGCUGAAUUAACUGAUGUAGAUGCUAAUGAAUCAAGAAGAGGAAAACUGGACAAACAUAGAUUGUCUUACUCACAUGAGCUCAAUGAAUUAUUAGAUGGCAAAAGGUCUAAAGUUAAAUCCGGUGAAAUUCAGUUAGAACAGAAAUGUGAAGGUGUAGAAACUAUUACAAGUGAAAAUCUUUUUGCAAAGUACAUCCCAAUGGGAUUUUCUCGAAGGGACAAUAAUCUGAAGGCAGGGGAUGUCUGUGUCUUUGAGCUUAUAAAUAACAAUAUGGUCAAUGAAGGCAUGCAGAAGUUCACAGUGGAUAUAAAGCUUCUAUUGCAGAACACUGAUAGAUUCCCCAGCAUUUCUUUUCUGGCUACUUCCAAAACAGAAAAAUCAACGGCUACAGAGAAGGAAAUGAGAUCUGGUUCAAGUCCUUGGCAUUUUUCUUAUAGACCAUCUGCAGGUUUCUUCAAAAUAAUCCUUAGAAAAACUUUAGAAGACAAAAAAAUAGCAGUUCUUUCCCAUGACAUCCUUUCUCUUUUUUCUUUUUUUUUCUUCCUUAUGAUUCCAGUCCAGUUUAUGAGGGAUUACUCUAAUGUACUUUUGAAUGAAGUGAAUCUCAUUAUCCCAAAUGGUCUUGCAUGGAGAAUAGGAUUGACAAAAUCAGAGAAUCGAAUUUAUUUUCAUAGGAACUGGAAUGACUUUAUGGAGCAUUACUCAAUUCGUGAAGAACACUUUCUAGUUUUUGAAUUCAUAGGUUUCUUCACUUUCGGAGUACGCAUAUUUGCUCCUUCUGGCUGUGAGAUUCACUACCCUUCUACUGCAACUACUAGAGGGCCUGAAAACAAUAUUAUGAUCCCAGUCCAUCAGAGUCUAAACACAACUACACAGCAAUGUAAAGCUAUAACAUCCCCAGAAAAUGAAAGAGCAGUUGAUGCUUGCAGAAAGUUCAGGACUGAAAGGCCUUGCUUCAAGAUCAUCUUGCGAGAACUCAAUCUUCGCUCUCAUACUGCGUACGUGCCAGCUCAAUUUGCUAGAGAGGUUCUGAAGGAAGCCCCUAGGUUUUUCAAACUUCAAGUUCCCGAUGGAAGAGAAUGGAAUGUUAAAGCCAAUCAGAGAACGUGUAAACGAAUGAAUUUCGGAAAAGGGUGGAUUGCAUUUCGAAGGGAGAAUGAUCUGAAGGAAAAUGAUGUUUGUGUUUUUGAGCUUAUAAGGAAGAAUGUCUUCAAAGUUUAUAUCUUUCGUGACAAGGAGUAACUAUUUAUAGCUGUUGUAACCACAAGCUAAACGUUAGCAUUUGAUGUGGAAAACUCUUUUCAGAACCAAAGGAUAGAUUUUAAGUUUAUUCUGCAGGAUAUUGGAGAAUUCUUGACAAUCUUUUUUCUGUCUGUCAAAUUGUACGAGUUAAUAUUAUUGAAACCUGGGUAUCAAGUAUCCAAAAAUGCUGUCACAUCUAUUAAUUUCUUGAUUUCUUUUUCCCAA